AUGGAGGAUACGAGUGACACCGGCAUCGAAAAUGUUCCCUGCCAUCAAUGCGCAGACAUCGAUUUGGACACAAUCUUUAGGGGUGGCUAUAAGAUGCCACACAAGAUUAUGGAUCUUGGCCCGGUACCUAGAGACCAGCUGAGAAGCCCAUGUCCUCUAUGUCGCUUGGUAGCUGGAGCAAUAUACAGCCCGUUCGGUAACCCGGAACUGGCAUCUUUUCACGAAACAUGCGGGUUUUGCACACCAUCUCGAGAACGUGGAGUGCCCGAGCCAGGCUGUUACCAGUUGGUAGCAGAGAUUGUCAAACCAGAGACACAAAGAGACAGCAUGGGCCAUGGGAAAAUGGCCAAAUACAAGGACACAUACUUGGUCACUAACCCAGUACAACAAGAGGCAAAAUUCUCCAAGCUGGAGCCCCAACUUGGCCCCCUAUCACUGGAUGGACCCAAAUUGGCUCCAGGUGAGUUUGUCGCUCUCAAGGUUCUCAAGGCUGAUAACUCCGACUCUGGAUUUAUUGCCUAUUACGGCAGCAUCUACCCGGCAUUUGACUUGGCUGAAGCUAUGGCCCCAGCUCGAUCAUUGUCUGCCUCUUCAUUGGAUUGGGAUCUCCUGCGCUCCUAUCUGAGAGAUUGCCACGACCACCACAAUGGAUGCUCAUCUCCGGUGCCUCAACUCCAGAUCCGCGGCUUCCGCCUCAUAGACUGCCAUACGAGGCGGCUAGUUCCUGCACCCCAAGGAGCCGAGUAUGCGGCGUUAAGUUAUGUCUGGGGAGCGCCCGAAAAGAAUACUCACAUGGAGGUCCCAGAGCUCGGGGAGGAACUUCAAAUUAACCAGGUUCCUUUGGUCAUAGAGGACGCUAUGGAAACUGUAAGAGAGUUGGGAUACCGCUAUCUCUGGGUUGACAGGUUCUGUAUCCAGCAGAGCGACUCCAAGUCUCUGAGAGACCACCUUGUGAAUAUGCAUUCGAUCUAUCAAGGAGCGUCAUUGACGAUCGUUGCGGCUGCAGGGUCAGACUCGUCGUUUGGCUUACCUGGUGUUUCGUCAAGAGAGCGUGAGCCGCAAGCAGAAGCUACUAUCAACGGUCGCCUUUUGGUAUCUUCUGUGGAGUCGUUCCCAGGGAUCUUGAGCUGCAAGUGGAAAUCCCGGGCUUGGACAUAUCAAGAAGAAUUCUUUUCAAACCGCCAGCUUAUUUUUACGUCUCAUCAAGUUUCGUUCCACUGCCUACAGAGCGAGCAUUGCGAGAUUUAUACUUCGCCCGCAAUCAUAUCUCCCGGAGUGUUGAAUCGGACAGGGAAGCGGACUUGUUCGAUCUGGGAACAUAUUGAGCAGUAUUCGAAGCGGGAUUUGACGUAUGAUUCCGACUCUCUCAAUGGCCUAAGGGCUACGAUUAAUUCCUUCACUGAAUCGGCCGAGGAGCCAGUCGGUAGCCUCUGGGGCAUUCUAUUCUCCGAGACGAUUGCCGUAUUGGACCACGACCAUCCUUCCGGGAGAGCCGGCACGUUGGGCAUGACGGGAAUGCUAUCCAGAGCAAGGUUUGCCUCGCCCUCGGCUGUUUUCGGGUACAGUCUCGCCUGGAAGUUUCUUCCGCAAGAGCACCAAAUUCUACGCCGACGGGCCGAGUUUCCAACAUGGUCCUGGACAAACUGUGUCGGCCAGGUUGUACAUUCCCGGCUCCCCUGGCUGACCCCUAAUCAACCGGUCAUGCCUGACCCCGAGUUAGAUGUUGCUGUGUUAGGCCCCGAUGGCUGCCGCAUGCCGAUAUCUACGUGCUUUGACGGCUCUCUGGAGCCUUCACGUUAUUUGGAUAUGAAGGUGUGGUCUGUUCGCGACGCCCUCACUUUCAAUCUUGCCGAGGGUACAGCUUUACUGGAUCUAGGGGAUACAGAUAACGAGCUCAAGGGCUUCAUCCAAUUCGAUUCGAUACCGACCAGCGACCAUGGAGACAAAUUCGAGAUCCUAUCAGAGACCCAAAACAGCCAAAAGCGUUGGGAGGCUGUUAUUACUUACGUGGCUCCUGGCGUUGGCGGAUCCAAUAUCCCGUUCGUAUUGAUCUUGGCGAUCGUCAAGGACGCCCAGUAUCCGGAUAGGACGGUGUACGAGAGGAUUGGAUGCAUUCCGAGCCUGCAGCUUAUUUGGAAGCCCAAAGCAACGAGACGUGCUGCUCGGGCACUGGGCAAGAAACGUCAGAGCCCAAGGCCGACCAUGAGGUGGGCCGCGGAAAUAAUCGAAGAGCAAGAGAGAAAGAAUAUCAAGGACGCAAAGUGGAUCGACGACAGGAAAGCGGAAUGGCUACAACAAAGAGAGGCUCAACCAGAGACUCGAUCAGUGGUUGAUCUCACCAAGGGAGGCACUGGUGAGGUCGACCACAGUGAAGAGGCUGCUUCCGCAAAAGGCAUGCUCACGGGGCUUGGAGAAUGCGAACAGCGCACCGUGUCUGAGGAGGCCCAGCUGGUGAAUACGAUGAGCCAGAUCCAUAUGGGCGAGACUGACGAAAGACCUGCAUCUUCUAUUUCAGCCAAGGUCGGCGCGGACAACCCACCAACAGACCAUGACGAGGCAUCGAAGGCCGAAUCUAUCUUGAUAGAGACCGCCGUUGCGCACGAGACAUAUUCGGACGAGACGGAUGAAGGCGAUACCAGUGACUCCAGCUCGGAUGACUCGUAUGAUAUGGGCGAC